AGCCGCGUCAUUUUCUUACGUACAAGGGAGAAGACAAGACUUUUUGGUACGACAUUCUUACUCGCUAGACAGCGAAAGGAAACUCUUUAAACCUGCACGCAGGGAGAGAGAAGCAAGCUGAGCGGGAUUCGUCGUCAUGCCUCUGGUGAAGCGAGCCGUGGAGCCGGUGUUUGUGAGCCGCGCGACCCUCUCCUCCAAAAUCAAGAACGAACUGGAAGGCGUGGUGGUCAACACGCUCGCCGGGCUCAUCAAGCAGCUGAGCAGCGUCUCCAGACACGCCGAGAACCUGUUCGGAGAUCUGGUGAACGAAGCCAACGGGAUAUAUCUGCGUACGGUGUCGCUGAGUGGUCGCGUGGCGGGGCUACAAGACAAGAUACAGACGUUGGAUUCUGUAGGGAAGGAAGACAUGCGGAUUGAGGAUUCCAAUGUCCGUGUGUUCAAAAGCACAAACAAAGAGGAGCAGCAGAUAUUGGACAGAGGAACGCUGCCCACGGCUCUCCAGGAGGUCUACAGGUCCUGCAAUGCUCCGCCAGCCCUGAGCCAUCUAAGUCAAUACAGAGACGACGGAAAAGACGGCCUCAAAUUUUACACAAACCCAGACUACUUCUUCGAGCUCUGGGCCAAAGAACAGACAAAGCAGAUCGAGAAGAAGCAGAAAAAGAAAGCCAAGGGUGCCCGUAAGAAGAAAGAGAGCAAGAAGAAGAAGGUGAAGGCGGUGCAGAAGAAGCAGUAUGCCGGAGUUGACAAGGAGUUUAUGGAGCAAGCCCACCUCAAACAGGGGCCCGGCGACAUAAUUAUUGGAACCCCUCCAACCACCAGGCAUAGCACAGAGAUUCACAUGAGGGAGGCACCUCCGGCUGCACCCCCACCUCCUCAGCCGCUGUCUCACGCGCAAAUGGCGGCCCCCACUGUCCCACCUCCCCCUCACGCCCGUGCCCUUCUCAUU